AUGGCGACUAAGGGCAAAGAACCAGCAGCCGGGAAAGAUGCGACCCCGACCAACCCCCGAGGCAUCCCAUACGCGCCUUUCGUCGACAAGGUCGAGGACUAUGUCACGUCGCGCGAAGACGUCGAGCCAACGUUGCGCAGGUUCCAGGAGAUGAUUGCAAAAUACCAGUUCAUGGAGACGAACCUGCAGAGGCGGGUCGCCGGCUUGAAGGACAAGCUCCCGGACAUACAAAAGACGCUGGACACGGUGCGGUUUUUGAAGUUGAGACAGGACGAGUCGGAUCCCAUCGAAACAACAUUCGAACUAAACGAGACACUCUAUGCCAAAGCAGAAGUGCCGCCGACCGAUGAGGUUUAUCUAUGGCUAGGGGCGAACGUUAUGUUGGCGUAUCCGAUCGAUGAGGCCGAGACAUUACUGGACUCGAAAUACAAAGCGGCGAAGCAGAGCUUGGGGAACUGCGAGGAGGAUCUUGACUUCCUCCGAGAACAGGUCACGACUAUGGAAGUCGCGAUAGCACGGGUCUACAAUUGGGAUGUCAUGCAGAAGAGGAAGGAGAAGGAGGAGGAAGAGAAGACCAAGGGAGAAAGCAAAGAUUCGGAUGGGCCACCAAAUGGCUGA